AUGGGUGUUCAAAAUGCUGCCACGGAUCUUCCCGCCAUGAAAUCAAACCCAAAGUUCAUAUUCUUUACCGACUUUGACGGCACCAUCACUCAGCAGGACAGCAAUGACUUUCUGACCGACACAAUUGGCUACGGCCAGGCCAAGCGCCGCGAGGGCAACAUUGCCUGCUUGAACGACGAAAUCUCCUUCCGCGACUCUUUCCAAGACAUGAUGGAUAGCGUCACCCGCCCAUACGACCAGUGCAUCCAGUACGUCGUUGACAACAUCAAGCUGGACCCUGGUUUUGCGCAAUUCUUCCAGUGGAGCUUGGAGAACAACAUCCCUGUCGUUGUUCUCAGCUCAGGAAUGGAGCCCAUCAUCAAGGCGCUGCUGAAGAAGUUGGUCGGACCUGAUGCCGAGAAGAUGCAGGUUCUCGGUAACCAGGUCGGUCCUAGGGAAGGCAAGGACAUCAACGAGGAGGGCGGUUGGACCAUCCUCUUCAGGAACCCAGAGUCAGGCUUUGGACACGACAAGUCUAUCGAGCUCAGGAAAUAUUCGUCGCUGCCCGAAGACCAGAGACCGACUAUGUUUUACGCCGGUGACGGUGUGUCAGACCUGUCUGCUGCACGCGAGACCGAUCUGCUGUUUGCAAAGAAGGGUCAUGAUUUGAUCAAUUACUGCGCAAGAGAGGACGUACCUUUCACCGUGUUCGAGGAUUGGACGAACAUUCUGUCAAAGUGCAAGGAAAUCGUUGAGGGCAAGACCACCGUGCAACAGGCCUCCAAAGAAGGUUUCGAAGCCUACAAGAGCGGUGCUGCUGGUAUCGACAUAAAUCAGACGGCGUAA